AUGAAGCUGGCCGUGGCUCUUGUUGUCUACAUCUCCUUGAUCCCGGGAACCCUGUCUCUGGUGGAACCUUGCAAAGAGAAUCUGGUUUACUGCGGCUCAACCCUGGAGCAGUACCAUGGUUACACUCCGGACGAGAUCCGCUCUUAUAUCAGCAGGUCUUCACUUGGCCAAUACAUCGUGGAUGCACUAGAUGAGCCGGAAAACGCACUAUUUCGAUGCACAGAUACUGCUGGGGACCUGAAUUUGAGAGCAUUCUGCUAUUCAGGCUGUACUCAGCCUCCAAACGGUGAUGCUUGUGCUGCUGAACCUUAG